AUGUCCGAUUUGACAGAAGAUCGUGCUGUGGCUGAGUACGAUACUAAGGACGAUGUAACGCUGCACACAAGUGUGAGCGUAGUGUCACAUACGUAUGCGAGCACAAGUGUGGACAAUGUGGGAACGCACGUGUUGCAGCAGGAGGUUAGCAGAACAACCCUGACUAAAAGUGAGUUGGUUGUGCCUGUGGCUGGUAUAGUUGCUCAUGAGGAGGAUCCUGUAGAUACUCUGAUGAGCGAGCCCGCAAGCGAUCACGCGGUUCAAGAAAUCGUACAUGAACAAUCACAUGCCAACGCAAAUACACAGGCUGAUUCACACACUCAACCGGAUAAGCGAUCCAGUGGUGUGCAUGAGACUCUGGAGGCACACACACAACGCAGUCCUAAACGCGUACAGGACACUGUGCUGGCGGAGAAGCCUAAUGUUGGCGAGCAUACGGCUGAGAACGAUCAAGUACCCGGUAGCGUAGCACAAACCAUUGCAGCAGAUGUGAAUGUAAACACACAUAAUGAUGUACAAAUGAAUAACGCGAGUGUGCAUAACGCUAUACAUGGCAGGACUGGUGUGGCCAAAAGUGCCCAGACGGCACCUAAUGAUACAGAAAUGGGCCUGUCAGCUAUCACAACUGGGUAUACAACCGUUCACGCUGAGAAAAGACCGCAUGGCGAAGUCGAGUCAUCAACCCGCGAACCAAAUACACUACCCCCGGGAACGGAAACGGAAAAAGAACCGGAAACGGAAACGCGAAAGGGAAAGGGUGCGCUGGUAGAACCAAAGCCAACGGAUACGGCUAGGACAGAAGGCGUACAACCAACGGACGGGCGACUGUAUCGGAAGUUAAAGGAAGUGCAAGAGGCAGCUACGAGCAGAGCCCUCGCAUGCUGUUGUUGGUCGCGGAUGAAGGCGUGCUGCGCCCCCAAAGACGACGACCAGGAUGAGUUUUACGAAGAGAUAUUCGACCGCAUGCACCAGUUUCUACUACAGAGCAUGAGGGAUGAAUUCGAUCUGAUUGUGGAAGAAACGGGGGGGAAAGCCAAAUUAAACAACCUCGAGGUGUUGAUAGACGAUGCGAAGGCCAGAGAUCAAGACGCCACCACCCCGAAAGCGAAGAGGAGGCGGCAAGUGCCUGACGCAGAAACGAUCAUCCGGUCACAUAUGAUCCCAGUUAAACUGAGCCAGAUAGAAACACUGAAGAGUGAGCUGGCUGAGCUCCGCGAAGCCACAGCCAAGCAAGAGAAGGCGAUUGAGCUGGAGAAACAAACGGUUCAGGCCCUAUUCCGAGAUGUCGAGACCAAGUCCGAAUCGCUCACCAGGGUAUGCCGACCCACCCCCACGCCCAAAAGGGAGCGCAUGUAUACGUGGGUGUGGACAGGCCUACAAAAGGGCCUAAAUGCGCACAUUGAGCCGCACAUGCUGUUCCAAUGA